GCAUCUCUACUCCCUAUUACCCCAGGUUCCACUCUAACCGGGGAUAUCUACGAUAUCCUUAAUGGUAGUACUUCUCCGCACUUACGGCAGACCCCUCAAUAAUGCGGGGUAUAGUGGACGUCUGGGAGAUCGUAGGUACUGGUAUCUCGGGUGAUAAUAGACAUCUCUACUAUGGAUUUACCCCAAAUGUCUAUAACCCGAGAUACCGACAUCUACGAUCUCCCGGGUGUCGAUGUACCCCGCAUAAUUGAGGGGCACACUGUGGUUGCGGAGAAGUACAGAUAAUCAUUUGAUUGACCUUGUUUCGAAGUCUCGAAGUGCGAUCUUUUCACCACAGUCAGUCCGAUUCUAACAUGGCCAACAUAAAGGAGAAAACGAUUGAUCCUGAGCGUGGUGAUGUGAACGAGGCCACAAGCGACGAAGAUGUGCAGCAGCUUGAAUACGUCGACACCAAUGGCGAUGAUCUCGCCUCAGUCGACGUUCAGAACAAGAACGCCGUGAAAGGUGACGACUCGGAUGGAAAGGUGGAUUGGAAUUGGAGGCAGCGUAUUGCUGUUAUGUGCCUGGUUGGCUUGUACACAGGGUCUCAGAUUCCGGUCUACUUUACUGCCGGUCCUUUGACUUUCAUAACUGCUGAACUCGGCGGUACGGCAUCUGCAGCAUGGCUGCCUGUCUCUUAUGGUCUGGCUCUUGCAGCCGUUGUUCCUAUCUGUGGCUAUUUCCAAGACCUCCUCGGUCGCCGCUAUGUCUGCCUUCUUGGGGGUUGUCUGUUGAUUAUCGGAUGCAUUGUUAUGGGAACAGCACAUAAGUUCAGAGAUGGUCUUGUCGGCAUGGUGCUCUGUGGCAGUGGUGCUGCUAUUGGGGAGAUGACCGCGCUCGCUGGAACCUCUGAACUCGUGCCUGUGAAACGCCGUCCGAUCUACGUCGCUAUUUUGACUGUCGUCACCCUCCCGUUCAUCCCGAGUGUUUUGGAGUCACAGUUGCUGGCAAAAUAUUACACCUGGCGCUGGGGCUACUGGAUCUGUCUGAUUUGGAACGCUAUCUGCUUCGUGGGGCUCUUGUUUACCUACUUCCCCGUGACACAAACUCGAGCUCGCUCCAAGGAUGUGAAAAGAAUUUUCACCAAAAUCGAUUAUCCUGGCAUCAUUCUCUCACUUACGGGGACAACCCUAUUUCUUGUUGCUCUUCAAGCUGGGGGUUACACCCAUUCCUGGACGAGUGCUUAUGUCCUUUGCCAACUCCUUAUCGGCAUCGUCCUGAUGGUUUGUUUCGUCAUAUGGGAGUGGAAGUAUGCCCGAUACCCCAUGGUCCCACCUGAACUAUUUAAGGGGCAAAGAAUCGUGACUGUGGCAUAUUUGGUUUCUGCGGUGGGAGGCAUCAAUUUUGCCUCCCUAGUCAACCUUCUACCCACAGAAUUUAGCACAGUUUACGACUCCGAUCCUGUUCAAGUCGGACUCAAAGGAUUGUCUACAGGCGGGGCCAUCCUGGUCGGGGCAUUCAUUGGAAAUCUUCUACUUCACAGGCUGAUACGCUGGACGAGAGAAGUGGUUUUGUUUUACCUGGUAUUGAUGACCGCAUUCACGGGCGCCUUCUCGAUCGCCAAUCCAGACAAUGCGAAAAUGUCAGUCGCUUUUGCCACUCUAGGCGGCUUCGGUGUUGGCGGCAUUAUCGCACCCGUGGCCACUAUUGCCAUGAUGGCAUGCCCCGAUACGCUUAUCGCCACCUGUGCAGCCCUCUCACUCUGCGUACGCGCCCUUGGGGGCGCCAUGGGCUAUGCAAUCUACUUCAAUGUCUUCAACAGCAAACUCAAAACGGCCCUACCAGCACGGGUCGCUGAAUACGCUCUAGCGGCAGGACUACCAGUUUCGAACACCGCAACCUUUGUGGAAACGUUUCUUACAGUGCCCCAUCAAGUGUCGACUAUCCCUGGCGUCACACCUGAGAUCAUUCAGGCAGCUAUAAUAGGCAGUAGGUGGGGAUACUCGGACGCAUUUCGCUGGGUUUGGAUCAGCAGUAUCCCCUUUGGAGUCUGUGCGAUAAUUGUCGCCUGCUUCCUGCCAAAUUUGGCAAAGCACUCCACUAACAGAAUCGCCGCGAAGAUAGCACAUUAGCCUAUACUGGUGAAUUUAGCCAGGAUGGCAGGGGUCUUGUCGAACGUCGUCAGAAAACAUUCUCUGUCGGACAUGUAGGUAACCUGGUAUCUUUGAAUAGGGAAAUCUAAGUUCAUCGCCAAAACAUGCACAGAGCGACUUCCUGUCGCAUUUCGCUGGGAGGAUGAUUA